AUGCAUUUGAAAGCUCUGAUGCCCAUCUUGUUUGUAUCCCUUGUUGUAAGCGCUGAUUUUGGAGAGAUCCACGAUGAGUACCGUGACUUUCUUAUUUCAAAUCAACUUAUCUACGAGCAUAUAUUCAACGGCUAUGAAAAAGAUGUCGGGCCUACUCAAACCGAAAACAAUAUAUCCAUAGCUGCUCGUGAAUACCUUGAAGCCAAUGGAAACAUGUCGAACCUUAAAGUGUCUCUCGAACUCAUCAAUGGGAGUUUCCUGCAGCUGGAUCAAGUAUCUCAGUCUGUUUAUGUGCAGCUUGAAUUCAGUGCUGAAUGGUUAGACAUUCGCUUGACAUGGGAACCGUCAAACUAUUCGGACAUUUCCUACAUAUACGUGAGAAGAAGUCAAGUUUGGGUACCUGAUUUUACUAUUAGAAAUAGUGAAAAGACAGAAGAAAGCCUACCGGAAGAAACUCAAUAUGUUUAUAUCACUUACUUUGGCUUGGUGUCGACUUUUUGGAAUCUCGUUGUAAGGCAGCCUUGUACACUUAAGUUGGAAAAGUUCCCUUUCGACACUCAAACCUGCAUGUUCUGGAUUUAUAGCAACAGUGCUGGCAUGGAUGAAAUCUUUGUUGAGAAUCGUAUAGUUGAUAAAAUGGAUGUCAAGACUUGGCUAUCUGUCGGUCUCACUGGAAUAAUGGCUUUAGUGUUCCUCAUGGGACUAGCAGCUAACUCGCUCCCACAUACAGCUACAGUACCAGAUAUGACAAUCUAUAUCCUAACCUGUCUUAUGCAAAUCGUGAGCUCUGUAUUGUACGUAUUACUAUUUCCAAAUGAUCCGUUCACAAAGGCGAUCGCAUCCUUGGAAUGUUUCAAAUCAGAAGACAAAUCCCAAACGUAA